AUGUCAUCGCGCAGACCUUCGCAUGGAGCCGACGGUGCCUCGGGCAUCAUGAGUAGCGCAGAUGCAAACCUGCCCAUGCGACACCCUCGUCCUCUGACUGCUGCUGAACUGCACCUCGAGUUGGAGAAGGAGCAGGAAGCCGUCGUCAACCGUCUCACACGCGAGCUCUCCGCACUUCGCGCCCAACAUUCUGCCUCGGUGGCCAGCAACACUUCGCAAACCAGCUCCAACCAGGCUCUGGAUCCUGGACUCUCGCACCCAACACCCACACGUCAACACCGUUCAUCGUCAAACGCUUCGAGCCGUAGCCUCAGCGCUCCCUCGGCUGCUUCAAGUCAUAUGAACAUUCAACACCCUCAACCCACCGCUCCUCUCGCCGGUGUCUCGCAAGCCUCUUUCGAUCGUGCUGCCGCUGCUGCCGGUUCCACCACGGCAAACCCUUCCAUCAGCCGCAAUCCCUCCAUCCGCAGCACCUCAGGCCACUCCACACCAGCCCUCACUCCAGCCUCUGCCGCUUCUAUUCCUCAUCGCCCUUCGCUAUCGCAAGCCGCCAGCCAAAUCUCCACAGCCGGUUCCUUCGCCCUCGGUUCAACCUCGCCCUACACAUCCACCUCCAGCGCCGCCGAGAUCGCUUCAUCGCGCGCCGAACUCGACCUCGUCAAACAAGAAAACGAAGCCCUGCGUCAACGUGUCAAAGCCCUCGAACGCGCCCUCCGCGGUCGUAGAAACAGCGUCACCUCCGAUGCAAGCGCCAACACAAACACCACUCAUCCUCGCGUAGAAGCACCCGUUGCUCUUCCCAGCGUCAGUGCUUGGGCUGCAAACAUGGCUGGAAUGACUAGUGUUGCCGGUCCCAGGGAGAGGAGUGAAAGUCAGAGUACAACUACGUCGUCCAGAAGACCAGAGGGACUCGAAAGAGAAGACUCUAUCCGUGUGGGAGAGAGUGCUGCUAACGUGGGUUUGGGCUUGAAGUAG